CUUUGCUGUCGGAGUGACUUGGCCGCUGGCGAGGAGAGGUGUAACCACAGCUGGCAACGUGACGGUACUGUUUGGAGAGCAGGCUCCCAGCCCGGCCAAGCCCAACAACACAGGUUGGGAGCCCAGACACCGCGACUACUCUCGCCGGCUACACAGCUCCGCACAAGACAGCCGCGUCGGAAUCUGACGGCUCGGGGGGCGAAAACCAUCUGUGAGCUGGGAACUUGCUACAGGAUGGGAUUUGACAAACUAUCUUCAAGGGAUCCUUUUUAUCGGACAUGAUGCCGGCCAGAAACCUCGCCCAUCCACGUUCUCCAGAGAUACUGCCUGACCCGCUGAGUUACCCCCAGAGCUUUGUGCCCAUCUCUGCUGGACAAUGUCUGAAGCCAACAUCAGCUCGACGGACUCCACCCCCAACACAACCAGUGAUGACUGCACCAAAUGCUUAGUGUCGGUCAAGGUCCCCAUUAUCUUCAUGACCAUCGGGAUUGUAUCCAACAGCAUUGCCUUCGUCAUUCUGGUGAAGGCUUACAAGAGGUUCAGGCAGAAGUGGAGAGCUUCCUUCCUGCUGUUUGCCAGCUCGCUGGUCUUCACGGAUUGCUUGGGGCAUGUCAUCACCGGGGCAAUAACGGUCAGCAUCUACGCCCAGGGGAAGGACUGGGAGGAACUUGACCCUUACGGGUACCUCUGCUCCAUACUGGGGACCUGCAUGGUUUUCUUUGGGCUGGUUGCGUUGUUCCUGGGCAGCGUCAUGGCGAUCGAGAGAUGCCUGGGCAUCACGCAACCUUUCUUCCACUCCGUCAACAUGAGGGCGCGCUGCGCCAAGAUAAUCCUGGGAUCCAUCUGGACGUUUGCCCUGUGCGUCGCCCUGCUGCCCAUCCUGCACGUUGGAGAAUACACCGUACAGUGCACCCAGACCUGGUGCUUUUUAAAGACCCAGAACGUCACCCUGGCCAAAGAGAGAGCGAUUCUGCUCCUCUUCUCAUUCCUGGGUUUGGGCGCCCUGGGCAUCUCCUUGAUAUGCAACACCGUCAGUGGCGUGACUUUGCUGAGGACACGUUUCAAGAACAAACCCCAUCGCAGGGGAAAGUCCCAGCAUGUGGAGAUGUUGGUCCAGCUAGUCACCGUCAUGUGUGUCUCCUGCAUCUGCUGGGGACCAUUCCUGGUGACCACGGUGAUGAUAGGUUGUUCGCAUGAGGGCCCUCAGACCAGAAGCUCGCUGCUCCUGGGAGUUCGAAUGGCAGCUUGGAAUCAGAUCCUGGAUCCCUGGGUCUACAUCCUGCUUCGGAAGUCCAUGCUGAGGAGGGGCUACGAUGUUGUGCAGCUGUGCCGGGGGAAGCAAGACGUGGGACACUCCAGGUGGGACUGCAGCACCCUGGAAAGGUCCAUCAAGUCGGCGGCGAUGGAACGCUCGCUGGCCUCCAUGCGAAGGCAAUCGCAGAAUACCUGAGCAUCCCAGGGAUGCUGGUUGACUUGUACAUGAGUUAUGCCAAGGCUUUGUAAGCUUUGGGUAGUAGACCCUAUGGGACACACAGACUGGUCUUUGCAACCCUUUGUUGCACUAAAACCUUCCUUGUUGGUUCCUCCGACACGAGUCUUGGAUCAGCGGCCAGGAUAUCAAGAGAAGAUUUCGCAGUGGAGAUGACGAAAUGUGCCAGAAGGAACUGCAGAUGCUGGCUUUAACUGGAGGACAGACACAAAAUGCUGGAGUAACUCAGCGGGUCAGGCAGCAUCUCUGGAGAAA